GACACGAGCAUUUGAACCUGAGUUCAGACUGCCGGAACCCAUGUAAACCGGUAGAGAUAGUAGCACACAGCUGUAAUACCGUUGGGGACAUGGGGAUUCCUGGAGCUUGCUGGUCCGUCAAUGACAGCGGAAUCAGUGAGAGACCUUGUCUAAAAAUAAGAGUAACAGAGCAUCUGGCAUCGACCUCUGGCCUCCACACCCACAUGCACAUGUGCAUGCUCGUAAGCUCGCAUACAGAACACUUUUUUUUAAAGCUGCUAUGGAAAAAAUAUUCCAUGCUAUCUUAGCAGAAAAAACGGAAGUGCAAAAUUCCAUUGUGAGUCCCACAAGUGCUUCAAGCACUAAUAUACUCUCCGAACAAAACGUCUUGAAAACGUGUCCUGAUAAUUUAUAAUUUUAUAAUUUAUAAAACUCAGAGCAGCUGUGGAAGUGGGGCCAUGAGUAACAGCUCUUGCCGCCAAGUCUGACAACCUGAGUUCAAUCCCUAGUACCUUUAUAGCAAAACGAGAACCAACUCCAGGUUGUCCUCUGACCCCCAUUCGAACAGACACACCGCAAAUAAAUGUAAAUAUGGUGAUUCUUGAAUUCACGCUACCUGGGUUUUCGUCACACAUAAAAUUUGUGUACUUCUUCUCCUUGCGGCUUUGUGCCUUUUUACUCUUCUGGCUCUCCGCACAAGGCCGGGUAAAGGUAUCUCGGCUUUGUCUUUUCAGAUGCUAGUUAUCUAGGGAAGAAACUUUUUCUCUCGAGGUGCUGGGGACUGAACCCAAAAGUAUGCCAAGCAAGAGCUCGCCCUCAGGUACAACCCACGGGUUUUUUGGUUGAAAUGAUUGAUAUAAAUAUACUCCUUUCUGAGCGAUUCGGAACCACCAGGAGAGGCUGGUGCCGAGCAGGAAAACCUCGACCUGGUUCCACCGGAGCACCAAAGACUGGGGCCUCGCUCCUGAAGAGCACAGAGGCAGCCGGAAGUUGCCUCUGGGCUCCAGCUCCGUCUACAGGAAGUGCUCCUUGGUGCCCCGCUCCCUCUGCUCCUUCCCCAGUCCCUCAUCCCGUUGGACCCCGCCGAACUGCACCAUCGCGGGGCUCGGACUAACAACAGGCACAGCCAGACUGUGGCGCUCUGGCCUCCUGACUCCGGUAGCAUCCUUUCAUGAGCUCGGCACAUCCACCUUGCACACGUCCCCUAAAGUUUUAAGCAGCAAAUACACACUUAACUGCUGUGCGCAAGCGCUGGCUUAGAGUCUUAGCAUAGAUUGGGCGCGCUAGAGCCCUGGGUAAUGCAGCUCAGGCACAUCUAUUACAUACGUCAAGAAGUCCAUCAGUCUGUGUUGGGUACCAGAUGUUGGUUUUGCCGUACAUCCUGAAGCAUAGACUUCAGCCAAAUGAACCUUCCUGCAGCUUCUGAGUUCAACCUGUAUGAAGCUUUGCUGGGUUCCACCCCUGAGAAUGAAGACACCCUUGUGACGGUGAAGGAGGAAGAGACCAGCUGGGAGCAGCCAGGCAACUCACAGGCGGGCAGGAGCCACACUCAGGAGCUUUACCGCCUGAGAUUUCGGCAGUUCUGCUACCAGGAGGCUCCUGGGCCCCGGGAAGCUGUGGCCCAGCUUCGGGAACUUUUCCAUCAGUGGCUGAGGCCAGACACCCACAGCAAGGAGCUGCUGGUGCCAAAGCAGUUCCUGACCAUCCUGCCAAAAGAACUUCAAGGCUGGGUACAGAUGUAUCGUCUGCAGAGUGGUGACGAGGUGGAGACGAAUCUAGCCCCGGAACACAGAGACAUAGGGCAGCAGGUGACUUUCUAUGUUCGGGAACAAAAUGUGCACCUGGUGGCCACAGAGUAUCAAGGUGCCUCUUUGGAGUAUCAGAGCCUCCAGUUCCUCCAGCCUGGGGUCACACCCAUGACAUGUGAUCCUCCACAGCUGCCCCAAGAAGUGAGUGGUGAUACUACUUUCCCUAGCGAAAAGACAGUUUCGAGUGUGAACACUCUCAAGAACUGCCACCUGCCCCGAGACUCCUGGGCCAGGAUGCACAUCACAUCCUUGCAGUAUGCAGUCGGAGACAUUACUCGGAAAGGGAGGGAAAAGGACAAAUCUCGGGUGGGCGAGCUGCUUCAAGGCCUGGCAUUCUCUGAUGACUCAGAGGCAGAGGAAGACAAGGAGCCUGAGGUACAACCUGAGAGAAAGAAGCUAAAGGUGUCCCGUGUCCCCGAGAAGAGAUGGACUAAGAGAGACAUUAAGCCCAGCUUUCCAAGCUGGUCAGCACUGGACUCUGGAGUUCUGAAUCUCAAGAGUGAGAAGUUGAACCCAAUAGAGCUCUUCGAAUUAUUUUGUGAUGAUGACACAUUCAACUUGAUUGUCAACGAAGCCAAUAAGUAUGCUUCUCAGAAAGACGUCAACUUGGAAGUCACAGUGCAGGAAAUGCGGUGUGAAUUUGGUGUCCUGCUCUGGAGUGGAUUCAUAAGGCACCGCAAGAGGGGAAUAUAUUGGGAAGUCUCUGAUUUUGAUCAGACCCUGGUUAGAAAUGCAAUUAAAAAAGACAGAUUCGAAUUGAAUUUCUCAUACCUGCAUUUUGCUGAUAAUAGCCACCUAGAUCAAACAGACAAUUUUUCAAAAUUAAGACCUCUAAUAAAGCAAAUGAAUAAAAAUUUCCUCUUGUAUGCCUCCCUAGAAGAAUACUAUUGUUUUGACAAGUCAAUGUGUGAAGGCUUUGACAGUGACCAAUUUCUGAAUAGAAAGACUCUUAGAAUUGGCUGUAAAAUUUGGUGUGGUAUAACCACUCCAGGUUAUCUAGUUUGGUUUGAGCCCUACCAAGAAGAUGCAGCUGUGGAAACAUGAGGAGCUGGACCUUGGGCUAGGUGGCAGUCUAAUACUGAGCUUUGCCAAUGUUCUUUUGCAGAAAGGUCACUAUCCAUAUCGCUUGUCUUAUGAUAGCUUCUUU